CGGCGAGACUAUAUGAAGAUCCGUUCUCGCGCUGUGGGAUGUGUCACUUCUGGGCGGGAAACAAAUUUCUGCUAAAACACUCGUUCGUUUAGAGAAAGGACAAAAACCGCCAAAUUUACAGCGCCAGAUGUUCCCGAUAUUAUUUUUGGCCUACGUCGUAGCCGUUAAGGUAUUCAAGAAGACCACUCCUAAUGGCAAAGUCACGGUCUACCUGGGCAAAAGGGACUUCAUCGACCAUCUGGACCACAUCGAGCCUAUCGACGGUGUGCUCGUAGUAGAAAAUGACUACCUUCAGGGACGCAAGGUCUUCGGUCAGGUUUUGACGACUUACCGCUAUGGCCGCGAGGAGGACGAAGUUAUGGGAGUUAAGUUCAGCAAGGAGCUCAUGCUGUGCCGUGACCAAAUUGUACCACCGAAGAAAGAGAAGCAAGAGACCACGUCGAUCCAGGACCGCUUGCUGAAGCGUCUGGGUCCAAAUUCGUAUCCCUUCACCUUCCAAUUCCCGCAGAAUGCUCCUUGCUCGGUCACCCUACAACCCGGUGAUGAUGAUCAGGGAAAACCCUUAGGAGUUGAGUACACCGUUAAAGUGUUCGUUGCAGACAGUGAGGAGGACAAGGGACACAAAAGAUCCUCUGUGUCGUUGGCCAUCAAGAAGCUGCAGUUCGCCCCGCCGACGCGAGGCCGUAGGCUUCCCAGCUCCUUGAUCUCCAAGGGAUUCACCUUCUCCCAGGGAAAACUGAAUCUGGAAGUCACACUGGACCGAGAGAUCUACUACCAUGGCGAGAAACUCGCGGCAAACGUCAUAGUAACAAAUAACUCGCGCAAGGCGGUGAAGAACAUCAAGUUGUACGUGGUGCAACACUGCGAGGUGACCAUGGUAAAUGCUCAGUUUUCGCGACAUGUGGCCAGCUUAGAGACCCGCGAGGGUUGUCCAAUCACACCUGGCGCAUCCUUCACGAAGCAAUUUUAUCUUGUGCCGUUGGCCAGCAGCAACAAGGACCGGCGCGGCAUUGCUCUCGACGGACAUCUCAAAGACGACGACGUAAAUCUGGCAUCCUCCACUUUGGUCGCCGAGGGCAAGUGCCCAGCUGAGGCCUUGGGUAUUGUGAUCUCCUACUCUGUCCGAGUCAAACUGAACUGUGGUACUCUGGGUGGUGAGCUGGUCACCGAUGUUCCGUUCAAGCUGAUGCAUCCGGCUCCUGGCACUAUCGACAGAGAGAAAGCCAUCCUGAACAAGAGCAAGAGCAUGGAGAGAGCGCGUUACGAGAAUUCUUGCUAUGCAAACGAUGAUGACGACAAUAUCGUAUUCGAAGAUUUCGCUCGUUUACGCUUGAACGAACCAGAGUAAGCCGCUAGGGUUCUCUUGUCGAACGAUUAUUGAUCAAAAGAAUCCUGAACUUUUGGCGCGAGUUUGUAGUGGAUCAUUCUUCGCGCUCGCUUAAAAUUAUAUCUUAUCUUCAUACAAUGAUAUUAAGAUUAAAACAGAUUAUGAUAUUGAUGAAAUAUCUAUUUAGGAUUGUUUUGACGUGGUUCUCAAUGAACGAGCUGUAUUAAAAGAACGUAGGUGAGGAAACGGUAACAAGAGAUUAGUUAUAUCAUAUUAUGGAACUCUACUAAUCAAAAAGCAACGAUACAAGAAAAAAUACAAAAAAAACCGAAAAGACAAGUAAAUGAUUGAAAAAAUAUCGUCUUGGAAUUUCCGUGCGAUGGUGGUGGUCGGACGGAAAUUCAUCGCAAGGCGAACCAAAAAAAAGAAAAAAAAAGAGAGAGAGAGAUAAUAUCAAGUGAGCUUAAUACCGUAAUUCGCCCG